AUGGCGUCCGGCAUUGCGGGUCGUGGUGUGCUAACACUAGGCAUUCAUUACCAGCAUGUUUGUAGAACUGUUCUCCUUACACAGACUAGGGAGAAGAAGCGAUGGAUGAAGGCUUACACUCUCCUCAUGGCAAGAUUAAGAAAGGUCGAGGGACCUCCACCACCAAAGCCACGCUCUCAGCAGCCUAACUGGGACUACCAUGCUGAGGUAGAAGCCUUCAGUGCCCGACUGCAGGAGAAAUUCUCUGUGGACCUGUUGAAGACCGCUUUCGUCAACCCCUGCUACAUCCGAUCUGAGGAAGAAAGGCGUAGCAUGCUGGGCUUGGAUUCAAACGUUGCUGCUCUUAACCUGAAGGACAACAUCGAGCUGCAGAAACAGGGCCUGGAGUUCACACGGGGCUUCCUGACCGACUGGUGCAAGGGCAGCUACCCGAGCCUGCCCGAGGAAGGCGUGGCCGCUGUGGUCGGGCACCUGACGGGGUCGGAGGUCAUGUGUUAUGUGGCACGAAACCUGGCCGUCGAAGACCUGACGAUGAGCGCUGAGUUUCCCGUUCCUGAUGAUGUUCUGCAUGGCACUUUCUGCGCUGUGAUUGGUGCGCUGUGUGAGAGCAGUGGGCCAGAGAGGGCGGGACUUUUCAUAAGGGAUUUCCUGAUCACUCAGCUGAUCGGUAAGGACCUGUUUGACAUGUGGACGGUGGUGAAUCCCAUGGGUCUGCUGGUAGAGGAGCUGACCCGUAGAGGUGUGGCCCUACCCGAACCACGACUCAUCAGAUCAGCCGGAGCUAGUACCGUACUGCCCCUGUACUUUGUCGGACUGUACUGUGAUAAGAGGCUGCUGGCAGAGGGUCCCGGAGAGACUGUGCUCGCAGCCGAGGAGGAAGCUGCUCGCGUGGCCCUGAGGAAACUUUAUGGUUACACAGAGAACCGCAGGCCCCAGGACUUUUCCGCCCCUCGCCAACAGCCCCCGGCCCCCGCCACGCAGGCACUCAGCAGCAGCAGCUAAAGGACUCCGCCAUCGCUCCCUUUUUACGCAGUUAACCGCCCCGCAACCGUCCUUUUACUCCAGCUCGGAAAUCGAAAGAGGAGGCCCCGGCGCCUCCUAACGGCCCGUUUUGAACCAUGAGCAGUCUCUCAUUAUAGCACUUGGAAGAGCCACAUGUGGAUCGCCUGUUUCUCUCAUCACAUGUCAGUGAGAGAGGAGGUUAAGGUGGAACACUGGGUCUGUCUCAUAGACUCAGUGCACUGACUGCUGUACAACCGACCGCUGAGGUCAUGGUGUACACUGUACAGAUUUA